UUGAGAGCAGAGUCAGAGCAGCAGCUGAUUCUCUUCUUCAUCUUCAUCAUCAUCAGCUCAGAGGAGAUGAAGAGGAGGAUCCACAAGAAAUACCUGGUUCUGAUUCUGGCCUACACCGGUCUGCUGCUCUUAAUCCCGUACGUGCUGGAUUACCGGGAUAAAUCGGCGGCUCACGGGAGGCUGCAGCCGCAGCAGCAGCUCCGCUGCCCGGAGCUGGAGAACACGGUGGCGCUGCUCUGGGAAAAUAACGGCUCCAAACUCGAGGAGUCGGCGUCGGUGAACCGGAGCGCGCAGACCCGGGUCCAUAUCUACCUGCACGCCACCUGGCGGACGGGCUCGUCGUUCCUGGGCGAACUGUUCAACCAGCACCGGGACGUGUUCUACCUGUACGAGCCCAUGUGGCACGUGUGGCAGACGCUGUACCCGGGAGACGCGGGAAGCCUGCAGGGGGCGGUGCGCGACAUGAUGAGCGCCCUCUACCGGUGUGACUUCUCCGUGCUCAAACUGUACGCGGGGACGCAGAACAUCAGCACCUCCUUCAUCUUCGGCUGGAAGACGAACAAGGUGAUCUGCUCGGAGCCGCUGUGCGACGGCCACAAACGUGACGACGUGGGUCUGGUGAAGGAGGACCAGUGCGGCAAGUGUCAGAGGAGAGACAUCAGGGACCUGGAGCGCGAGUGCAGGAAGUACCCGGUGAUGGUGAUCAAAGGAGUCCGGGUUCUGGACCUGAGCACGCUCCUCCCUCUGAUGAAGGACCCGGACAUCAACCUCCAGAUCGUCCAGCUCUUCAGGGACCCACGCGCCGUCCACAACUCCCGCCUCAAGUCCAAGCAGGCGCUGGUGAAGGAAAGCAUCCAGGUCCUGAGGAGCAAGAAACAGGCCGACAAGUACAAGCGCCUGCUGUUGCCGAGCAACCGUCUGAACCGUGCCGAGAGCUACGUGUCCAACGCCAUGGAGGUCAUCUGUGACAACUGGCUGAGCGACAUGACGCUGGUGACCAACGCGCCACCGUGGCUCAAGAGGAACUACAUGCGACUGCGCUACGAGGACCUGGUGCUGCGCCCCCUGCAGGAGCUCCAGAGGCUCUACCGCUUCUCCAACCUGUCCUCGUUCCCCGCGCUCGACAGGUUCGCGCUGAACAUGACACAGGGGCGGGGCUACUCGUCCGACAAACCCUUCCUCAUUUCAUCCCGGGACGCCAAGGAGGCAAUUUACGCGUGGAGGGAGCGGCUGAGUGUGGAGCAGACUGAGCAGGUGGAGGCGUUCUGCAGCGAGGUCAUGAGGCAGCUGGGAUACGACAAGAACAAGCCCGACAAGACCACAUGAGGGCGCCACACCGCAAACCACAGGUUACAGGGGCCUGGUAUCAGGACUGCGGGACGAAAAGACAGAAUAAGAAAACAAGCAGCUGGAAUGUCGUCCAGCGGGAGACACUGAGCUUCACUCCUGGGUUGUUUUUCCCUGAGCCGACACCGGGUCGAUGACCUGGAGAAAAUCCAAGUGCAGCCAAUCACAGACGCACGAAUGUGGAGCAGGAAGACGACGACUCAUGAUUACUGUUACCUGGAUAACACAUCUGAAGAAUGUGGGGAGGGGAAGAAAGGGUUGAUCGCGCGGUCACUGUGUCCUCAAGGUAGAAAUAAUCCCUCCUCAAAUCUCCUGCACACGCUCAGAGCCGCCAAAACACUCGGGACCGUUUUCAGGUUCUGGUUCUGGUUCUGAAACGUACACUAAGAAGAAGAAGAAGAAGAAGAAGAAAGGGCAGUAUUAGAAACAACAACUGAGGAAUGAUUUGUUUCACCCUUGACCCCUGAUCCCUGAGGAAUCCAGGCAGCUGCAGCGUCACAUGGGUAUGAAGUUUCUGUCUUUGGGAGAAAAAGAAAAAGAAUCUGCCUCUGUUCUCGUUUCAGACGUUACUGAAUGACACUUUUGUUUUUGUUUGAAAAAUCUGAAGAUGCUGAUGUUCCUGUGGUUGAGGAUGAGCAGCAGCCAUGUGUUCAACUUUACAAGUUGGUUCUGAUAUAAUUGAACUGAAGUUCUCAUGUUUAAAGGGAAAGUUCAGGUUUCUUCAAACGAGGUUCUUUUACAGCGUCGGUGUAUGAAACACAAGUGACCGUGUUCUGUCAGAGGAACUGAGAAAACAUGGACUUUAGCCACUUAAUACAAGACUCUGGUAUAUCGAUAUCUUUAAGAACGUGUUCACGUCUUUACCUCACUGUCAGACAGAGUUUGUAAACCACUCACUCUCUCACACCAAAGUCCUUGGAGAAAAUCAGUGAUUUUAGCUGGCGGGGACACAGGAGCUGCUGGUCCUCUGCUGCCUCGUGUGGUCACUUUGUCACUGAGGUCAAUUUGAACAAAGGUUUUUAAACCCUGAAUUUACAAAAUAAGAUAUUUGAACUUAGUGAUGGAGGCAGCAGUGGAUCAACAACUCCUGUGUGGGAGAGUGAGUGGGUUUACAAACCUCAGUUUCCUGUUGGAAAAGUCUGUCUGACAGUGAGAUAAAGACAUGAACAUGUGACGCAGAUAUCAAUGAACUAAGUCUUUUAUUAAGUGGUUAAGUGUUAUGUGUUUUCUCAGUUUCAGUCAGUGAUUAAAAUCAGGUUAGAACCUCAAACACAGUUCAAACAUUCUGAACUAUCCCUUUAAAGGAAGUAAAUACUUGAAGGUUAUUUUAACUGACUUUAACAAAGAAUGUGUGCAUGCGUGUGUGUGUGUGAACACUGAUGCUAAACGGUGACUUUGUUAUUAUUUAAUAUGACUAAUGAAAUGUAACAAUAAUAAAAGUUGACUUAUGCUCUG